CUCAGGGCUGCGGCCCUUCAUCAACAACAUCCAUCUCACACCCAGUAGAACCAGCGUAAAUGAAUUGCAGAUGAUGCGAGGCUUUUCUAAGUCAUUACAGGGCCCAACUAGUGAACAACACACCUUCCAGCCUCCUUGAUACCCCCCCAACGAUCACUUACCGAAUUCAUCACACACCACCUAAACCUAACCUACGGUCACACCAAACGCGGCUAUAACACUCAUCAUCAUGGCCUACGACCCCCGACUGUCCAGUGCAGGCACUGCGACCGCUCCCUCCCCUCCACCUCCACCCCCACCACCCCCAGAAGCCAUGGGUACACCAACAACAACAACAACAACAACAACCCAACCUCAACCCACCUCCACGCCGAACGAGGCCAACAACAACACGGUCGCAGAAUCGGAGUCCUCAUCUUCCUAUAAACUCCGAUUCUGCACCGUAUGCGCCUCCAACCAAAACCGCUCCAUGGAAGCCCACCUCCGGCUCUCCACAGCGUCGAGCCCCUUCCCUGUAAUCUCCUUCGGGACGGGCUCUCUAGUCCGCCUGCCCGGACCCUCAAUCACCCAACCUAACGUCUACAACUUCAACACAACCUCCUACUCCCAAAUGUACGACGAGCUGCUCUCCAAAGACGAGCGUCUGUACCGCAACAACGGUCUCCUGAACAUGCUCGAGCGCAACCGUAACCUGAAAUGGGGCCCGGAGCGCUUCCAGGACUGGGUGCCGGGACAGCCGCGCGUCGAGCACGUCUCGAAGGGCGAUAAGGGCGCCCUAGGUACCGAAGGCGGCGUCGUCGAUGUAAUCAUCACCUGUGAAGAGCGGUGCUGGGAUGCCGUGGUAGACGAUCUCAUGAAUAAGGGGUCACCUUUGAACCGCCCCGUGCAUGUCUUUAACGUGGAUAUCAAGGAUAAUCACGAAGAGGCAUUAGUAGGAGGCAAGGCUAUCUUGGAUCUAGCGAAUCGGUUAAAUGAGGCUGCUUCGCAGGAGAGAAAGGCCAGUGGUGCCGAUGGAUGGGAGAAUGGAGUCGGUGAGGCGAGACGGAAUUUCGAUGCUCGCGUGCCUGAUAUUCUUGCUGAGUGGCAGGAGAAAUGGCCUCAUUUGCCGGCUUUGUGGACGCUCGCUUGGCUAUAGUCUGCUUAGCUUACAAUCAAGCGUCACGUAUGCAUUCAGUG